AUGAUAAAAAACGCAUGGUCUAUCAUGCAAGCUAGGCUGCCAAGCAAGGUGAAAAAGCGUAUGCAGAAGGCUACAUCAAUAGGAAUCUCCAAUGAAUUGGCAAAAUAUAGUCUCGGUCUCGGUAAGAGAUGGGAUCAUGUCCUAGCUACAAAACCAACAGCUCUUAAGUUUGCAAAAGAGUCAAUGACGGGCAUCCCACGAACCAGUGAGAAUGAGAUGAGUGAUGAGUUUGUUUACACAGUUAAAAGUAAAAUUGAAGCUGGUGAAGAGACAUUCCAGAUCCAAGAGGGUACAAUUGAAAGAUACAAGAAAGCUUGUUCCGAUGCUGUUAACCCUCCUAUUGUCACCGAAGCUAAUACUCAGAUAGAACAAGGGGAGAGAUUGAAUCAGAUACAGCAGGGAUCGAGUGUGAUACAAGGAACGGCGGUUUAUGGUCUGUCUUAUUCUCAUGAUCAAUCCCAGCAUUAUAACCGGAACUAUAUUCCGGUUAACCUCCUUGUACCGAAUCAACAAUUCACCGGUCAAGACCAGCCUCCUCUUCAACUUGUUUAA